GUCACUUCCUGGCGUCAGACAGCCAGUUGAGGCCAGUUCAGUAUAGCUGUAGUAUCAGUCUGUCAACACUCGGCAGCUUCAGCUCUGCCCGUCUGCAGCGACAACAUUUUUCUGUCAAACUUGACUCGUUUUCCUCUUCAACGACGUUUUCCUUCAGAUAACAGCGACUCUCUCCUCACUAUGACUCGAAGGUGAUCUUCAGAGUGUCCGGGUGGUUCUGGGGUUCCAGGUUGGUGUGGUGAGAGAGCAAGCUAACUGUGGGGAGGAGGACCGCCUGGGGCAUCGUGUCCCUGGCUCUCAAGUAACUAAGGAAGGGGCUUGGCAAACUGUUCGGCAGCAUGGAGAAGGAAGACCUGAAGGUCCUCAACAAGGGGGAGGAGGAGGAGAUGGAGCUGCAGGGCUACCGUCUGUGUCGUUGGCGACUGGCCCUGGUGGGCCUUGGGGUACUAUGUACAGGGGGCUUCCUCCUCCUGCUGCUCUACUGGAUGCCAGAAUGGUGCGUCAAGUCCACCUGCACCCGUACCACAGCCCGUGAUGCUGAAGUGGUGUUGCUGCGUUCUACGGAUGAGUUCCGGCGCUGGUUCCUGGCCAGGGUGCGAGUGAUGCUGGCCCCGGGGAGCAACCCCUUCCACAGCCUGGAGACCCAGACCACCUCCCCCUCCUCCCCUUCCCCUCCCUCCUGCCCCUUCUCCUCCCCUGCCUCCCCUCCUCUGGCCAACGGACACACUCCUCACCCCUCCGAUGGCAGCCCCGCUCAGGAGCUCAUCAGUAGAUUUGCCGACUACCAGCCCACACAGAUUCGCUAUUUUACUUUCCAUAGCACAAAGUAUUACUGGAACGAUGAGGUGCAGAACUUUGAGGUUUUAACCGGCCUGGAGGAUCUGCAGAUCAGCUGCUCCUCUCUCCACUCGGAGCACGGCGCAGGCCUGACCAGGAACCAGCAGGAGUACAGGAGACUGUUCUUCGGAGUGAAUGAAAUUGCAGUGAAAGUGCCUUCUGUUUUCAAGCUGCUUAUCAAAGAGGUCCUCAACCCUUUCUACAUCUUCCAGCUCUUCAGUGUGAUCCUGUGGAGUGCCGAUGAGUAUUACUACUAUGCUGUGGCCAUUGUUUUCAUGUCGGUCAUAUCCAUAGCUACCUCUCUGUACACCAUCAAAAAGCAAUACGUCAUGCUUCACGACAUGGUGGCAGCUCACAGUAUUGUCCGUGUGUCUGUAUGCCGAGCCAAUAAUGAUAUCGAAGAGAUUUUGUCUACUGACCUGGUGCCUGGCGAUGUGAUAGUCAUCCCCAGCAACGGGACCAUCAUGCCGUGUGACGCCGUGCUGGUCAGUGGCACCUGCAUAGUGAAUGAAAGCAUGCUCACAGGUGAGAGUGUUCCAGUGACAAAGACCAACCUCCCAAACCCAGGCCCAGGGGAGAGGGGGGAGGAGGCUGUUAGUGCCUACAACACAGAGGAGCACAAGAGACAUACACUCUUCUGUGGCACCAAUGUGAUCCAAACCCGCUUCUACACAGGCGAACUGGUCAAGGCUGUGGUUGUCCGCACAGGUUUCAGCACAGCCAAAGGCCAGCUGGUGCGCUCCAUCCUUUAUCCCAAACCCACCGACUUCAAGCUGUACCGUGAUGCCUACCUCUUCCUGUUGUGUUUGGUGGCUGUGGCUGGAAUCGGCUUCGUAUACUCUAUUGUCCUCAGUAUCAUGAACAAGGUGCCAGCUAAAACCAUCAUCAUCGAGUCUCUGGACAUCGUCACCAUCACUGUGCCACCUGCACUGCCAGCCGCCAUGACAGCUGGCAUUGUGUAUGCCCAGCGACGCCUAAAACGCAUCGGCAUUUUCUGCAUCAGCCCACAGAGGAUCAAUAUCUGUGGGCAGAUCAAUCUGGUCUGCUUCGACAAAACUGGAACUCUGACUGAAGAUGGAUUAGAUCUGUGGGGGGUCCAGAGGGUUGAGAACGGCAGUUUCCACCUGUCAGAGGAAAAUGCCUACAAGGAGAAUCUUGUCAAGUCCCAGUUUGUGGCUUGCAUGGCCACCUGCCACUCUCUUACCAAAAUAGAAGGCCAGCUGUCUGGAGACCCGCUAGACCUCAAAAUGUUUGAGGCUACAGGCUGGAUCCUGGAGGAGGCCACGGAGGAGGAAACAUCUCUACACAAUCGUAUCAUGCCUACUGUAGUUCGACCCCCAAAGCAGUUGUUGCCCCCACAGCCUGCUGUAUCACCAGAACAGGACGUGGAACUCUAUGAGCUCUCGUCAGCGUAUGAGAUAGGUAUUGUGCGCCAGUUUCCUUUCUCCUCUGCGCUUCAGAGGAUGAGUGUGGUAGCUCGUUUACUGGGGGAGAAACGUAUGGAUGCCUACAUGAAGGGAGCUCCAGAGGUGGUGGCUAGUCUCUGCAAGAAAGAGACAGUGCCAGAAAACUUUGCAGAGGUUUUGGAGGGCUACACCAAGCAGGGCUUCAGAGUCAUUGCUCUUGCUCAUCGCCGACUUGAAUCCAAACUCACCUGGCACAAGGUCCAGAAUAUCAACAGGGAUCACAUCGAGGCAAACAUGGAGUUCCUUGGUCUUAUCAUCAUGCAGAACAAACUGAAGCCAGAAACCCCGGGAGUGCUGCAGGAUCUUCAUCGAGCCAACAUCCGUACUGUCAUGGUUACUGGUGACAACAUGCUGACCGCUAUCUCUGUGGCCCGGGACUGUGGAAUGAUCCCUCCCAAGGACACGGUCAUAAUAGCUGAUGCCAUCCCUCCCCAUGAUGGACAAGCAGCCAAGAUCACCUGGAGAUACGCUGACAAACCUACCAAGACGUCUCGCCUUGAGGAAGUGAACAUAAGCCUGGAGGAUGUAUGUCACGUAGAUGAGCCCAAAACACAAGAACUGUACCAUUUCGCCAUGAACGGAAAAUCAUUUGCUGUAAUCGCCGAGCAUUUCCCUGACAUGCUUCAGAAGUUGGUGUUGCAUGGGACAGUGUUUGCCAGAAUGGCUCCUGACCAGAAAACCCAGCUCAUUGAGGCACUGCAAGGAGUAGACUACUUUGUGGGAAUGUGCGGAGAUGGAGCCAAUGACUGCGGGGCUCUGAAGAGGGCUCAUGGUGGGAUCUCUCUGUCCGAGCUCGAAGCCUCAGUAGCCUCUCCUUUCACCUCAAGAACCCCCAACAUCUCCUGUGUUCCCAGUCUCAUCAGGGAGGGACGUGCUGCUCUUAUCACCUCCUUCUGUGUGUUUAAGUUUAUGGCCCUGUACAGCAUCAUCCAGUACAUCAGCGUCACCCUCCUCUACUCUAUCCUAAGUAACCUUGGAGACUUCCAGUUCCUCUUCAUCGACAUUGCUAUCAUCCUCCUUAUUGUCUUCACCAUGAGUCUGAAUCCAGCCUGGAAAGAACUGGUGUCGCGCCGCCCUCCAUCAGGUCUGAUCUCAGGGCCUCUGCUGUUCUCUGUGCUGACCCAGAUCCUCAUCUGCCUGGGCUUCCAGACCAUUACAUUCCUUUGGGUCCGACACCAGCCCUGGUACACGGUCUGGAUGCCACUUACAGAUGUCUGCAACCUCACAUCACACAUUAACAUGUCCGACCACAACGACACAGAGAUAGACGACCACAACAUCCAAAACUUUGAGAACACCAGCCUCUUCUACGUCUCCUGCUUCCAGUACCUCAUUGUUGCCAUCGUUUUCUCCAAAGGCAAACCUUUCAGGCAGCCAAGCUACAAAAACUGGCCUUUUGUGGUGUCGGCCGUGAGUUUGUAUGUUUUCCUGCUGUUCAUCAUGUUCCACCCUAUCGACAGCAUUGACGAGUUUCUAGAGAUUGUUUGUGUCCCAUUUGAUUGGAGGUUAAAACUUCUCCUCAUCAUCGUGGUCAAUGCGGCCGUGUCUGUUGUGGUUGAGACCUUCAUCCUUGACAUCGUCUUAUGGAAGCUUGUGUUCAGCCGAGACAAACAAGGCAACUUUGGCAUCACCCCUGCUGCCCCGACACCACAGGGAGUCAUUGACUUGCGAGGGUACAAGUGUCUGUCUCGGCUCUGCUGUCCACGCAAGAUGAUGCCAAAGGCUCGCUACAUGCAUCUGGCCCAGGAGCUCAGUGUGGAUCCCGACUGGCCUCCAAAGCCAACAACCACCACUGAGGCCAAGCCACGCCCAGAAAAUGGCUCUACCUAUCAGAUCAUGAUCAACUCCUAGCACCCCCACAGCCUACAACUAUCCAAUCUCCACCUGUCAUAAUAGAGACAUGCAUACAAGCUGUGUUUAGUAAAUACCCAUUCAACCUAUUUAAAUGGAAGUGUCACCGGAUUGCUUGUCUUCACUAUCCUUACAUCGAGUCCUGCAAUAUUGCAGCGUUACUGCAAAAACCAUUAGAUUACACACAAGUACCAAAAAAAUGUAAGGUUUAGUUAUUUCAGUACUCUUCUCUGUCAGGCUCACCCCAUCACACGUUCUCAGGUUUCAUUUGCAUGUCAUGAAAUGUCAUUUAAACAUUAUUGCCAUCAUGCUCAAAUCCCAUCCUCAGUUGCAAUGUCUGGUCACCAAAGCUGAGCAGCAUUUGGCUUAGACUGGGAGGAGGGCUGAUAUGCCAGGUCAGAUUUGUGCAUUGAACCUUUCAGAUCGACUGCCAAUACAGGUUCAACAUCCCCUCACUAGAGAGCAAGAGACAGGAAGUCCCACUACACUUUAAAGCCAUAUCCAUAUAGUUGUUCUGUCGGAUAGAAGUUGUUGUUGUUGAAUGCUGGAAGUAGUUACUUUUAUAAUUAACAAGGUCUUUAGAUUUCAUUAGCAACCACGGUUCUGUUGUUUAGUGAAGAGCAUAAUAGCCUGUGCACUUCUUUCAGAGAGUACUAACACAGACAAUGGAGAAGUACAUAUAGGAUCAAAGUGAUUGUAGCUUGAAGAAGGGUUGUAUGUUGUCAUACAGGUAAGUGCAAUGUGACUGGAUCUGAAAAGGAGCAUACAAAGAUGGACUGAUCAUGAAACUAGUGUGUAAGAGUUAAAGAAAGGUGAUGGAAGAAAGCACUUGGAGCUGUGACAUUCUGUUUAUGGAUUAAAAGUGUGUAGAUGGAUUUAGUCAUAGAGCAGCAAGAAGCAACAAAAUUCCACUCGGUGUUUCUUUGCACGGGUCAUGGCUCAUGUGAGUAGUGCAGCGUCUGAUUGCUACUGUGUAGUGGUCUCACACAGCUAAUGUACGUAGAAUAAUUUUCAUGUGGGACCCUAACCACCUGGCAACCUCUUUUCAGAGAGUAUAUAUAGAGAAAAGGGACUCUAAAGGGCACAAUGAACCCCAAUAGUUAAAUGACAUAACUCAUUUGAGACCAAUAUUCAGUCAGUUUUUAGCUUGGAGUCAUAAAAUGGCUGCUGUCAAUGUUUUUUUUUUUGUUUUUUUUUUUACAAUUGCACACUCCAAACCUAUCUAAAGGCAUAGUACACAUUUGGAAAAUAAAGAAGAUUGAUUGAAAAUCAGUUUUAAAAUUAUCCUGCUCCACUUGGCGACUUUUAUUUGAUCUAGCGAAAUGUCGGAGAAAAAAAAACACUUUGACGUUACAAGUUGGCAAACCAGGUGUAGGAAGGUGGAUUUUUAAAAUUGCAUGACUUAAUGACAAAACACAUAAAUCAAAACAUAUUAGAACCAAAUAACCUGUAAGGUAGUUUUUUUCCUCAUAAUUUGGUCCUUGCUUUUAUAAACAGUUAAGACCUGGAGUAUAAAAUAACAAUUAAAUGACUUUAAGAGAACAGUGAGGAAGACAGAUGUGAUGGUGCAGGCUGGGACUUGUGGCACGGCGUCCAUUGUAUAUAUGUUUAACUGUAGGGUUUUUAACAAAGAUAUGAUUAGAUAUAAAUAAAAAAGAAAAUUACAAAAUCAAAAAGACAGAUGUCAUCUCAGCUUUUUAGCCAUAUUUGUGUCUGGGAUCCUUUGGAGUAUGAAAUUUGUGACAGACAUCCAUGUCCCCAGAGGAUCAAGUCAAAUGAGUUUUAGUGCUGAUGUUAUUAAAUAGGAACGGCACUAAAAACUGAAAUUCAUGACUGAAUUCCUAUCAGCCUUUAUAGUACUUUGACAUUGAUGCUAAACUAUCAUGCUAACAAUUACUCUGUUUUGAUAAGUGCUAGCAUCAUAUGCUAAUACCAACAUGACCGCUCUGGUACCUCCCCUCAGUCCAUACUGCUUUGCCCCACUAGUAGUAAAAGUAAUUUACCAGCAAACUUGUCUCUACUUUCCAUCUGUCAGAAUAUAUUUUCUAGUAUGUAGUGAGCUUUGUACACUCAUCGCGAAGUUGUUCCCGUCUCUUAACCUUGUGUUUGCAUCUAUGAGCCAUGUCCAGUCAGCAGAAAACACACAAAGACUUGCAUGAAGCCAGCUCCCUGUUGUCAUGAUCUGACCACUUGAUGGUUGCAAUACUAGAACUAUUACUACGAAUAUACAACAUUACUGUAGAAAUAAGCAGCAUUUACAUUACCAUCACUGUACUACAAGAAAAAUCUGCACCAGAAACCGCAUGCGUCUGGCCAGUUAUCUUGGACAAUUAUCCACAUGCAUGAGACCAUAUGAAUCAAAGCAUCCUACAUCUUCAAACUCCUUAGAGAUUGGCUGCAGAAAGUCACAAGUACGACUUCAAUUUCCUUUUUUAAAGAAGAUUUCUUCCUGUGGAAGAUUGAUUAUAAGCGUGAUAGAGAGUAAAUUAAGGCAAGAAAUUGUGCAUCUCAUCUGCCUGCUACUUUGGCUAUUUCAAAGCAUCCAUGUAACAGCACACCCUGCAUAAACUGUAUGCAGAUACACAGCUGUAUCCAUGUAUUACACAUAGACUACCUGCAUAGAGAGUUAAGGGCUAUAUCUUACGUUCACUGCUCUUCCUUUGACUUUCUAAAGUGAUGCACCCUGAAAUCUGUUCUUUGACACUCACCCAUUAGACUCACUAGACUUUGAAAGUAGCUCUAAAGUUUGCAGUUCCUCCUUAAUGAAACCUGAUGGUGGAAAUUCAGUCUGUUGAAACUGAUUCCAAUAAUGGCAUACUGAGCAAAUGGAGCAGAGCUUUAGAGAAGCAGUUUACACUCCUGAGUAGGAGUCUGACGACUUCUUAUUUGCGUUUUCAGCCAUGAAAAUGGAGAAACUGCUAACUUUUUACAGCCACAUUCAAGUGUUCUGUGGUAGUGAUUGAAAGGGGAGAUUUAUGGUGAAGUGUCACUUUAAAACAAAGAUGUGUUGCAUCUCACAUGCAACAGAUUACCAGUGUCAGUAUAACGGUAUACUUUGCAUAGCAGUCUACCUUUCAUGAAUUGUAUAGUUUCAGUAUUUUAAGAGUCCUUAUUAGUGGUUAUGUGACGCCAUGUCAAAAGAAUGUCGAACUAAAUGUAAUGUUGCUGUCCUUCAAAAACUAAGCAAAUUAUGUCUCAGACAUCUGGUAACAGCGCUGUAUUUUCUGACCUUUCUGUCAUGUAUGUCACUGGACAUCACAUUUAUCUUGUCCGUUAAUUAUGCAUAAUAUUGAAACAAAAUCACAACACAUUUCUUGUAAUGCCAGUAUCAUAUUAGUAAGGACAAGAUUUUAAAGUUGCUGAAAUACAUGGUCUGUUAAGAUAUAUGUAAUAACAUUUCAUAUUCAUAGGAAAUUUGAGCUUCACACUGUUCAGGAUGAGUUAAAAUGCAAAAAUGUAACCAGAGUUUCCAUGGAUGCAUUGUUUGUUAUUAUUAUUAUUUUGUGGGUGAACUGUCAGCGUGAAAAGGAGGACGUAUAGUUAUGAUGCAGAUGUGGUGGUGAUGUGUACAGAUGAGAAUUGCAAAAUGUGGUUCAGACUGACAUUCUUGUUCCAGUUUGCAGAACGAUUCUCUUCCAGUAUGUCAUCAGAACUUAUGUCUGUUGGAUUUCUAAAGUGUUGCUGAUGUACCUAAACACUGGUUCCAUAAAUCACACCAGUUUCUCAGCUUUUGAAUUAUUCAGUGGAUUUUUUUUUUCUCAAGAUACCUACUGAGGCUAAGAUUGAAUGUUGUAUAACAAAAUUUAAUGCAAUGCAAUACUAGUUAUUGAUUUUAUUUCCAAAGACUUUUCAUCGCAAUUGUGCUGGUUGUAGAGAGAAUUAAAAGAGAAAAGUUUAAUUUUAGCCUGUAGUCAGUGCUGUCAAUUGAUUUGACCCAGCAGAAGUGGACUUAAAGGGGUGAUAAUAAUAUUAGAGGUUGGAUUUUAUCUGUAUAUAUGAGAUGUACAUUUCUAGCGUGAACAUAAAAGUCAAAAUAUUUAGUUAUAAAAAUGUAUGUUUUUUUGAAUUAUCAAAGGGCUGGUGUGUCUUUUUCCACUUUUUUGGUACUGUGUUACAAUCAGUCGUCUACUUUUGAUUUGUACUGUCUGUUGGAUUUAUUUGUACUUUCACUUUUGUUAUGGAGUUGCUUUAUCUUGAAUCUUUCUUAUGUGGGCAUCAAUCCUGGGCAUUUAUUUCACAGUUUCAAUCAGUUAUUUCAAAGUGUGAUCGGGGCACGUGCAUCAGUAUUUGCUUUGUCUCGGGUAAACAAAAUGCAGCAAAUGUCUAUUUUAGACGUGGAAUGAAGCUGAACUGUAACCAUCGUACAUGGAAAGUUUUGUCUCUGCAGUUUGUCUCUUGAGGUUUCUAAAGUAGAUCUGUCUGUCAGCUUUUGGUUUUCUUCUCUUUUGCUUCAAAACUUUGUAUCAAUCUGAGAAUCUGACACAAGAAGGGAAUAUACUGUAGUAUGUUUGGCGCCUUCGCUUUGCGCUUUCAAAAUUUAAGCAUCAUCUGACAAUCUUUUUUUUUUUUCCUGAUCAUCCAAUGUGUGUAUUUUACUUCAUUUGGAGAUCUUUUUCUUCAACUCUUCUUUUGCAUCCAUGUAAAAUUAAAAUGUAAUUGGCGAGCAGAAUGUGCAUUGCUGUUCGAUAUCAGCGAUCUGUUGUAGAAAUGAUUAUAUUGCUGCUAGGAGCAAAAAAGAUUCAGUCUCAGCUGUGUCCUAACUGCACCUUGAUACAUAAAAUUUAAUUUAAGAAGUGUAAAUACUACUACUGCUUCUCUUCUACGCUACAGUUCUGCCUUUUAUUGUAACACAGCUGUGUCAAAGCAAUGGAUUAUAUGCUGAAACCUCUAUGCUCUUACACAGGUACAUCUUAUACUGACUGUUCAGUUGGUAUUGGCCUCUUACUCGCAUCAUGUAUUUAAAACGAACCAUCGAAUGGCAUUGAGAUUGAAUCUGCCGAGUAAACAGAGACUCACGUGGAUGUUGUUUCCUCAGGGGACUGUGUCUAUGUGUAAUGACGAGAGGAAAAAAAAAUUGAAACCCAAACUGAAUAAAAAAUACACUUGCUAAAACCAUUUAUUACAGACUGUCUGUAUGUCUACUGUUUCAGGACAGUUUAUUUGGUGUGCUUAUUUUUUUGCAGCGCCCUCACCUCAGCAAGAGGCUUGUCUGAGCUAUAUGUUUUUUUUUCUUCUUUUUUAUUGGCAGAGAUGUACAUUUUUUGAAAUUUUUUGUACUUUAUAAUUUAUUUUUUAUUUAUUUUAAUUUCAUUUUCCCUGACGAUUGUAUUUCAGAUUCAUCUUGAUUUCUUUCUUUUCAAUAAAUGUUCUCAAAGCA